AUUAUUGCAUGCUGUUUGUGGCGUUGCACUGGUAUUUAGCGAGAUUUUCGAGCAAUCGUAGUGUCUUUGUAGGAACAAAAACAAUCGCUUUUUUCACGUUCCGCACGCGAAAUCCUGAUCAAUUAAUCUAAAUUCAGCUUUAAGCUAUAAUCCAAACGACUCUCCUUAGUAUCAAACACGAAUAAUGAGUGAUUGGAUGGUGAAUUGGACAGACGACGACAUUCCAGAACUGGCACCUCGGCCGGUGUUCAUAGAACAAGCCGAUUGGAAUUGGAAGUACUCGAAGGUUCUCACGAAUUUGCUUCUCUGUGGCUCCUGCUCCUUUGCCCUGUACGCGCUCCGACGUGAGAGUCUAUUGGCCCGGAGUCCCUAUAUUGCAAUGCUAAGCCAUGGAAUGAUCGGAUGCGUGAAACCCAUCCUUGACAAUUCCGUGGUGAACUAUGUCUACGAGGCUUCUAGCAAGAUGGCAAGAAUUGGGAUUCUGCCUCUCGUCUCUGCUCAAAUCGCUACUGAAGUCCUGUGCGAACCUCAUAUGGGAUUCCUCCACAUUUGCCUGUUCACGCUCCCAAUCGUGGCUCAUCCCAUACUAAGAACAUUUAACUUGUCUGACCACAUUUACGACUGUGUGGCUUUAACUGCGGAGGUUUAUCUGGGAUGCAUGGCCACGAUUGAAAACAGAAUGAGUUGGUCUUUGCUUGUAGAGGGAGAUUUCAUCAACCGCUUCUUCCUCACGAAUAUCUUCCGGAGGUCUUCUCUGCCAAGUAAAGAAUUGUACGCCUUGGGACUCGCGGUUCUGUGUUUCUUGGGCCCUCUCUUCACCCACAACAUCAAGCUAGAUGAAAUCCUCUGAAGUCUGUAGAAAUUUGUAUAAAAUGAAACAAAAUUUAUUGUAUUGAAGUUGGCUUUUUAACAUAAAAAAGAUAAAAUCAAUUGAGUGCAGUUGCAAAGAGAGAGAAGUUACAAGAAAUUACUCAUUCUUUGGUUAAAAU